CCCUUUACAUCAACCCGGCCCGACUUAGGCCCGAUCCGAAACUCUUCAUUGCCCUAUUACAUGAUGUUGUGGAAAGAAAUUGCGCAAUUUCAAUUCCCAAAUCAAAAUCCCUAAAACCAUGCUGUGUUACCAAACACAAGCUCUAAUUUAGCUGGUUUCUGCCCCUCUGCGAUCGUUUAGCUGCCGUUCCUGGAUUCCUACUGACAAAUGGAUCGACCGCCACAUGAUUAUGGUGCUCCCAUGUCAUAUGGACAGCAACAAUCUAGUAAUGCACAACAGCAGCAGCAGUAUGGUUUUCAUCCACAGCACCAGCAGUUUCCUCCAUCUGUUCACGGCCCUCCUUAUAUGCCCCCUCAUCCCCCUGUACAGCAGUUCCCCUAUCCUCGGCCAAUGCAACAAAAUCAUCUCUAUUCACAUUUGCCUCACCCUUAUCAACAAACACCUUCGUUCCCUCCACAUGUGCCUCCACAUCUUUUUCCAUCACCAUACCCUGGGCCUUAUGAGGCUCCACCGGCCCCUGCUCCAGCCCCAUCUGAUCCUGAACUUCAAAAGCGCAUCGACAAAUUGGUUGAGUAUGCUGUGAAGAACGGCCCAGAGUUCGAAGCUGUGGUCCGGGAAAGAGAGCAAGAUAAUCCUGCUUAUGGUUUUCUUUUUGGCGGUGAAGGCCAUAACUACUACCGCCAUAAGCUUUGGAUGGCAACUAGACCACUCAUGGGUUUUAACCCUCAGUUCCCAGCUUCGAUGCCAGUGUUGCAUCCUCCCAACCCCAUGAUGAGUCCAGCUCCUAUUAAUGCCCCAAAUGCUGCUGCUGGGGGAUCUGCUCACCUGCAGCAACCUCCUUUUCCGCAGUUCUAUGAUCAACAGCACCCUCACCACUCUCAGCCGAUGGUGGGUCAUAUCCGACCUGAAUUUGAUCAACCUCACCGACCUUUUAAAGGUCUAUCUCGACCGCUUCCAUCUGAUGUUGAGAUGGAGAUGAAUGGUGUUCUGAACAGUCUCACUGGCACAAAGGAGUCAAUAAAAGGUGCCAAGACUUGGUUUAUGCAGAGGGCUCCAUUUGCUCCUGGCCUGGCUGAGGCGCUCCGAGAUAGGGUAUUGUCCCUAGAUGAUUCUGAGAGGCAGUUGCAUAUAGUUUAUCUUGCCAAUGAUAUCCUCUUUGACAGCUUGCAGAGGCGGGUGAACCUGCAGGAACUCGACAACGAGGCACUUGCAUUUAAGCCAGUCUUGGGUUCUAUGCUUGCAAAGAUAUACCACAACCCACAUAACAAGGAUGAAAACCAGUCACGUCUUCAGAAAAUCUUGCAGUUUUGGGCCUCGAAAGAAGUAUAUGACCAAGAUACAAUCUACGAGCUUGAAAGUGACAUGCUGAGUGGGUUGCCACCAAAUUCUUUUCCAGUUGCUCAUCCCAACGCAUCAGGAGAUCAUUCUGCUGCUACAGGGAUGAACCGUGCACCAAACCAUAUGCAAUGGCAACCGGACAUGCAGAGCUCCAUUCCAAACAUACCCAAUCAAGAGUAUGCAGAUAAACAAGUCCCUCCUGUUUCAUCUUUACCAAACCCACAAUUUCAUCUCUCAUCAGCUCCCUCCGGUGGGUUCACUGGAUCAAUGCCUGUUCCAUCCGCUGUUCAACCGACAAAUGCACCUGCUCCUGGAAAAGUUGGUGAGAAGCUUCCCCCUUAUCCUUUGUUCCCACCUGGUCUUAUUCCAGGUAUGGUCAGAAAGAUGCAGAUAGGCAGUGGGGUGCCGUACUCUCCGCUGAGCCCUCUGGACAUCCCCACCAUGAUUCCACCUUCAAAUAUAUCACAAUCCGAGGUCCUCGAUAGAGUCUCAAAGUUCUUCAGAGAGAUUAAAGAGGUCAACCCUUCAGAAGGACCCAUGAAGAAAUCUGAAUCAGCGGGUGAUGAUGACGACGACGAUGGUUAUGAGUACGAGAGAAGAUCUCCGUCUCGUAAGGGAGGAGCCUGCAUUCCCCCACCCCUUGGCUUGAAUGUCGACCAGGAUACUGGGACUCUCCCUGAUGGAAGUGUAGAAAGAAAGCCCGGGUCGAGCAGUUCCGGAAGGUUGGGACUCGGGGCAACAGCAGAUCCGAACGAGGCAAGCCAAUACGACGACGUCUACUCUUCUUACAGGAAACAGAGAAGUACAAACUACCAUACGUCCAUGAGUGCAAGAGCAGCAGCAAGGUAGAUGAAUGAUGUUGUAUCGGAUCUUGUCUGGUAAAAUUGAUGAAACUUAUUUAAAUGCAUUUUGUUUAUGUUUAAGGAAUUUUAGAUUUUAAA